CACUGCUCGUUAGGACAGAAGAAGAGGAAGAGUCACUAUUUUUCUUCAUUCUCGAUAGCAUGGAGACUAUUUCCCGGCUAACUCUGAGUUUUCUGCUCCUGCUGGUGAAUGUACUGGCGGGAGUGAAUGGACUCUACUUCCACAUUGGAGAGACAGAGAGAAAAUGCUUCAUUGAGGAAAUACCGGACGAGACCAUGGUGACAGGUAACUACAAACUGCAGCUGUACGACCCGAGGACAGGCGGCUUCAUGCCCUCGUCACCCGGCCUGGGGAUGCAUGUGGAAAUCAGAGACCCGGAUGACAAAGUGCUUCUCUCCCGGGUGUACAGCAGUGAGGGAAGAUUCACCUUCACCUCCCACACACCUGGAGAACACGUCAUCUGCCUCUACUCCAACUCCACCAAGUGGUUCUCCGGAUCCCAGCUGCGAGUACAUUUUGAUAUACAAGUGGGAGAACAUGCAGUAGAUUAUGCCUCAGUGGCCCAGAAGGAGAAGCUGACUGAACUACAGCUGAGGGUGAGGCAGCUGCUGGACCAAGUGGAGCAGAUCACUAAGGAGCAGAACUAUCAGAGGUACCGGGAGGAGCGCUUCCGCCAGACGUCCGACAGCACCAACCAGCGAGUGUUGUGGUGGUCGGUGGGGCAAGUCAUCAUCCUCCUCGCCAUGGGAUUCUGGCAAAUGCGUCACCUCAAGACAUUCUUUGAGGCUAAGAAGUUAGUGUGAGUGGGUUUUUUUUUUUUUUUUUUUUUUUUUUGUGUGUGUGUGUGUGUGUGUGUGUGUGUGUGUGUGUGUGUGUGUGUGUGUGUGUGUGUGUGUGUUUUGAGAUAAGCUCAUUAUAUCCUGCCUUUAUAAUAUGAUAAAAAAAAAAAUUUCAUAGUUUUCUGUAGAUUUCCAUGUACGUACUGUGUGUGUGUGUGUGUGUGUGUGUGUGUGUGUGUGUGUGUGUGUGUGUGUGUGUGUGUGUGUGUGUCACUCAUUUUGAAACCUGUAACUUAUUUGACCAAAUUAUGGUUCUUAAUCAUUUUAGUGAUUGUAUGUCAGGUGUUGGUCUCAAAGUAGCAUUACACAUUGAGAAGUGGGAAGUCUCUGUAUUGAUUAUUGGGAUAAGUGGGAGUUGUUAAUGUUGUGCUUGAGUUAGUGCUGUGGUUGUAAUAGCCUUUGUAGCAGGGCACAGUGGGAUGGCAAGGUAUCAACACAGUACAGUACUGUUUGUACUAGAAAUUAUUGCAUUUGUUACCAAAAACUUCUCAGUUCUGGAAAAUGAAAUAAAUGGUAAGAUGAAAACCCUAAUUUGUCUCACAAUGAAUCAUAGCAUUUAUCAUUGAAAACUUUUCUAUUGCAUAUAGCAUUGAAAACUUUUUCUAUCAUGUUGAGUUGAUGAAACUGAAAACUUAAAUAUGUUUAUCAUUCUGUAGAUUACUGUACAUGGUAUUGUGAACUAAGGAAUUGUAAAAUGACUUUGUCUUUUGUUUGAUGUAUGUACAUAGUGAAAAUCAUCCAUAAAGAUUUUAGCUUCAUGACUGAAGACAAGACCAAUCCCUUCCUUUUUAUUUCCACAUGCAAACAUCACUCAGAGGCAAUGAUGAUCUUUGUAGAAUGUGGAACCACACUCACCACUAACAAUAAAAUGUUGAUCUACAAGUCAAUGUUG